AAACCGAAAAAAAACAACGAAGUCUGUUUGUUUGUUUCCACAAUGUCAUGCUAGUGCGACAUGAUGGACAUUUUAAUUUAGUGGUGUUUAGUGUUUUUAGAGUUUUCGGGGCUUAGUUUUAAAGAAUAGUCUCGAGGCAUGGGUAGAACCUCCUCCUCGUACCCAUGUAGCCAAUGCCAGCUGUAAACAUAACCAAACCCUGUUCAAGUGGCCACUAUUCACUUUCCCCCAGUCCAGGGAAACUGGAUAAUCACGACAUGAUUGCUGCCUCAGAACCAAAGGUAUUUGUGCCUUGUGGGCGUGAAAGGCUACAAAAUCAUCCAGGUUCUGUCAUACUGCCUUCAACUAAACCCCAACUGCAGCCAGAAUCUCAUCUGUUGCACCUUCUCAGCCAGGUCAACAUAUCAGACAACUCUGAUGCCGAGUGGUGGGUCCUACGAGAAAGUCCUGAUUACCCGCAAUGUGAAGAAGAACUAUAUAUCCGAGGUAAAACUGUUGUGUGGAGUAGAGGAGAAGGAACUGACCCUGCGCAGCCAGGACCAUCAGAUGCAAACGGAAGUCGCAAUGUUGUCAUUUGCAGCUACACAGGGGAAACAAAUGUAUCUCAUGCUUUGUGGACAACAUUUCAAACAGCAGCAUCAGAUAGACCAUCUACUGACCGUACUUCAGGGAAACCCAUGUCCUGUGUGUGUAUAGUUGAUGAAAGUAACAUUAAAGCAUUCUCAUCUGAUGGGGAGGAUUUUAUUGCAUCUCUACAGUUUAAGCUUCGUAGUGUGUGGAGUACAUGUCAUGGCCUCCUACUGGAGAGAGCUAUUGGUCCCAAUGAAGAUGGACGGCUACCAACACUAUUUGCUCUUCUACAUCCUCUUGAUGAAAUCACACCAGUUAUAGUUAAACAAGGAAGCGUUAAUUUCAUGAGUGAUCCUUCCCAACAUGUUGUAUUUUGCUCUGAUGACCCUCCUAUAGUUAUGAUGUAUGAUUCCAAGAAUUGUUAUCAUUCUGUGUGGAAAAUGAGAAAGGCCCAUCAAGAGGAAAGUCAAGCAAUGUGUGGAACAGAGAGUUCAUUAAACCUUUCUUCUUCAGUGUAUUUAAGUAGUGGCAAUGUUAGCACCUCAUCCAAUGCAGGUCUGCAUCGUAGUUUGUUUGGGAAUCUAUCAAUGAACCCCGGCCUCAGCAGUCCAUACAACAGUAAUCAAUCGUUCUCACGACCUCAAAGUCCAAUGGCUAACAUGAGUAAGCAUCAGUCACCCUCUCGCUCUCCACAACCAUGGAUGAAUCGGUCAAGAAACUUUCAGUCUCCUAGUGGACCUUCAAGUCCUGUUUCAUUUCUCAGUACACCUUCCCCAUCAGCCUUUAGUCGAAUGCUGACAGAUAACUGUGCCCAGGACCCACGGCCUGUAUGCCCACAGAUUUGUUUAGAACCUGUGUGGACUGAAAGCAGUAGUUCAUAUGGCGAUGGAAUUAAGUCUGGUCCAGCGAAAUUGGCUUUUUUGACUACUGAUGUGGUUGGGCAAAGAUAUCUAUGCUAUCUGGUUCCAUUAAGGAGGCAAUUGUUGUUUUCACGAUUAGAGAAAACCAAUACAUCAGAACGGCUUAUUUUUGGCAUGACAGCAGGUGUUCCUGCAGUAGAUGCAGCUCCUGUCACUCAUCUAAACAUGGUAUUGGUUGUUGAACCAAAUGGGGGUGUUGUCUUGUACUCUGGAACAACGGUUGUUGGUAAAGUUCAUAUGCCAGGAAUGCCAUCCCAUGUGAACACCUCAUUUCUCCCCAUUAACUUGUUUAAUCAGUUUGGUUCUCCCUUUCCAAGGAGAAGCAGUCUGUUGCCAAGUGUUCGCAAUUUGGCUACUUACGAGCAAGCUGCAGAUCCUCUAGAUCGCUUUUCCAUGUCUCCAGCUCCUAUUCCUAGGCGAAGCAGUUUGCUGCCUUCUUUUAGAAAUGUGAAUUCUCUUCAAGAGCCCUUCUUUGAUGAACGCGCUGAGAUGCUAUCACCUGUGCCUCAUGACAAAAGUAGGGAGUCUCCCAUAUGUAGCAGUGCUCCUAUCUCUUCCCAAGGAACCCCAAGAGAAGGCCUUCUAGCUCUUAGAGAUCCAGUGAAAAAUAGGGUGACUUUGGAAUAUUCAAAUGGAUCUUUCUACCGUAUGUCACUUCCAGAAAUGUGUUCAUCUCCUCUGGUUUCCCAGUGUUUAUGUGCACUGAAGCAAGUAUUACCAAGAGAUGUGGCUGUGCAACUUGUAGUCAAGUGGUAUGUCGCUAGAAAUGCUCCUGGAACUCAAGAUAUUGCACCAAGUCAGGAGUGGCGACUUUUCCUUGGCGUUUUGCUUGGUAUGUUGGGUUAUGAUGUUGAUAAAUUGGCAGUUAUGCAUCAGCCUUCAUCAGAAAGUGGAGAUAGUCCAACUUUGCAACCGAAGAAAAAGCGGACUUGUGAUAGUGGUUCUGAAGAGGACUGGGAGUACUUAUUAAAUUCCCUACAUCAUCAUUCACUGGGUCCUGGGCUUUCUUCCCUUCUGGGUUUGAAGCCUAUCAAUGGAUCCUCUGGAGCUUCUGAAAGUGAUGCAACCCAUGGACACAUUAAUACUAAUUCCUUAUUAUUCAAUUACAUUCCUUUGGUGUUAUUAACUUUACAUUUACUUUAUGAGGAUAUGAAACUCAACACACUUCUUCUAGAUAGUCAACCUCUGCUUGCACAACUUCUUCAUCAGUUGGCGUCAGACUUGCAGUAUGCUCAAUAUGCUCAUCACUAUUGGCGAGAUUUUCCAAAUCAUUGUCCACUCACUCCUGUUAAGGAAAGCCAAAUAAAAGAUACUGAUUUGCAAAAGCUGUCUCCUCCAAGUUAUAUGCCACCAGAGCCACCAAGCAUUUUUGAGCAUUUGUUGAUUCUUAUGCAAGGCCCAUCAAGACCUAUCCCCUUUCCAUAUUUGCGACAUGUUAAUAAGAGAACUCGAGACAUUGUUCAGCUUGUUAGUUUGUUAACUGUUGGUUUGAAAGAGCCCAAUGCAUCUCUGGAAAGUUUUGUGCGACCUAUUGUGCCAGCUGGUAGCCGUAAUGAUAUUCAGGAGCUUUCCUCUCUAAGAUUGAACAAGGAGAGAAGUGCAGCUCAUCGAGCAGUUUUACUUAUGGUGGAAAUGGGCUUUGCACGUCGAGAUUUACAUACACUUCCUUCAGCAAUUCUUCUUCUAUUAUGUGAUGCAUUGUACCAAGCAAGAGAAAACCCUCCAAGGGACUGGCCUCAUGCUGCUUACAAAUUGAUAGCUCGUCAGGAUUUAGCAUCUCAGUAUGAGCCAACAAAAGUCUUGCCAAAAAAUACCUCAAAAGGAUCCAAAUGUCUUGGCACUCUAGGUAAUGGUGGUCCAACCUCAACGCGUGUUACCCAAGGAAAUGAAUUGGACGAUGACAUGGAAAUUCUUAAUAUGAUAACAAAACUACGUUGGCCUAAAGAUCAAAGAGUUGCUGAAGCUCGACGUUUGCUUCAAUCCUCUCAACCAGUUAGCAUUACUAUCCAGCAAAGACCAGAAGUUUCCGACCAUGAGUUCAUUGAAGAGCAGGAAAAGCAUCUUUAUGCACUGUGUACUCGAACAAUGGCGCUUCCAGUUGGAAGAGGAAUGCUGACUCUACGUUCAUCAUUUCCUGUCAUUACAGAACCUUUGCCUAUCCCCAGAUUGUGUCUUAUUGGCAAAGUACCUCCAAGAGGUACAACUGUUGAUUUAUCUCAUAUUGAUGUUGUCCCAAAUAUGAAUAUGUGGCCCCUGUUUCAUAAUGGUGUUGCUGCUGGGUUACGCAUUGCUCUAUCUGCUCCUAACAUUGAUUCCACCUGGAUUGUAUACAACAAACCUAAGGGUGGAAGCGAAGUUUUGACUGAGCAUGCAGGAUUUUUAAUGGCACUAGGUCUCAAUGGUCAUCUAAAUACUUUAGCUGUCUUAAAUAAAUUUGAGUAUCUAGUAAAAUGUCAUGAAAUGACCAGUGUAGGACUACUUCUUGGCAUUGCUGCUUCAAAAAGAGGCACAAUGGAUGUAAAUGCAACAAAAAUGUUAAGUAUUCAUGUUGAAGCUCUUCUUCCACCAACCUCAAUUGAACUUGAUGUUGGUCCAAAUACACAAGUAGCUGCUUUAUUAGGGGUUGGUCUUGUAUACCAAGGAACUGGUCAUCGUCGCAUUGCAGAAGUAUUGCUGUCUGAGAUCGGAAGGCCUCCAGGACCUGAAAUGGAGAAUAAUGUGGACAGGGAGUCAUACUCCUUGGCUGCUGGUCUUGCUCUAGGGCUUGUGGUGCUUGGGCAGGGGUCUGAACUAUGUGGACUUGCUGAUUUGGCUAUUCCUGACACACUUCAUUAUUACAUGGUAGGAGGACAUCGGCGACCUGUGACCGGUUCUCAGAAAGAAAAGUACAAAUGUCCAAGCUUUCACAUUAGGGAAGGAGACUCACUGAAUAUUGAUGUAACGGGUCCUGGAGCCACUUUGGCAUUAGGCAUGAUGUAUUUUAAUACAGGCAACAGAGCUGUUGCAGAUUGGAUGAAAGCACCUGACACGCAGUAUCUCUUAGACUUUGUUCGUCCAGAUUUCUUGUUACUCAGAAUGAUUGCUCGGAACCUUAUUUUAUGGGAUGAGGUUUUACCUAAUGUUGAAUGGGUUGAAGCUCACAUACCAGACACUAUUCGCCCAUAUUGUCUUGUAAAGCCUAAAGUUAAUGCUUCUGAAUUCAUUGACUAUGAAACAAUGAACCAAGCAUAUUGCAACAUCCUGGCUGGUGCUUGCUUAUCACUUGGGUUGAGAUUUGCUGGGUCACAUAAUAAGGAAGCCUUUGAUACCCUCUUGAUGUAUGCAAAGAAAUUCACAUCCCUGUUGGGUAAAUCCAUCGCAGAACUUGCUGGAAAGUCCACAAUUGAAACAAGUUUGAAUGUUAUUGUUCUGUCGUUAGCAAUGGUCAUGGCAGGAAGUGGCUCUUUGGAGGUGAUGCGAAUUUGUCGUUUCCUGCGUGCUCGUGUGGGCCCGACAAAUUCUGUUGUUACUUAUGGAUCUCACCUUGCAACCCAUAUGGCUUUAGGGUUACUACUGAUGGGUGGAGGAAGGUAUACAUUAUCAACCUCACCCCCUGCUAUAGCUGCUAUGCUUGCUGCCUUUUUCCCCAAGUUUCCAACUCACAGUAACGACAAUAGAUAUCACCUUCAAGCCUUCCGCCACCUGUAUGUUCUUGCUGUUGAGCCACGUCUUUUAGUUCCACGAGACAUUGACACAGGAGUUGUUUGCUAUGCACAUCUCACUGUAGUUUAUUUGGAUUCACAUCAUUAUUCCAAUCAAGUGGCAAAAUUAAGAGCACCAUGUUUGCUCCCUGAACUAUCCACACUGAAAGAGGUGAGGAUAGAAGAUGAAAGAUAUUGGACAAUGGUUUUCCAUAGAGAUCAGAACUGGGAUCUCCUUAAGCGUAUUUUGGAAGGCCCUCCUACUGUAGAUGUGAAGCAACGAGCUGGGUGCUUGUCUUAUUCUGAUGACCCCCAUGGUUUCCGUAGCCUGCUUGCCCGAACUUUGACUGCACAAAGUGUAUCUGCAUGGAGUGUUCCACCUGAGUCUAUACUUGCUUUCUCUUCUGACCCUACCAUGGUGAGUUUUGCUCGCUUAUUUUUAGAGCAAGACGGCACUGAAGAAACACAAAAAUUGAUGGGUGGAGAAAGUGAAAGGCACUUGGUUCAACUAUUAACUGCACUUGUUUAUGAAUGUAUUACUCAAGAUAAGCGAAUGGUGCUCUCUAUUUGGAUAACAACUCUGAAGGCUCUUCAAAGUAUGAAGCGUGCACCUUGCCCACUAUUGACCUGGCAGCUGAAACUUCUAGUGGCCCAAGUUUUAAGACAGGGAAGAGUUGGCGACAAACCUGUGGUCACACCAGAUUUGGCAUUGUCUACUCACCAGACAGUCAACAAAAUUCUUGAAUCAUGGGAAAGAGACCUUCAGCCGUUGCUUAGGCAGUACUUUAUGAAUGGGAAGCCAAUUGGUAACUGUGAUAUUCUGCGCAAGCUUGCUACUUACCUCACAUACCAUAGAAUACCCGCGCCGCACCAUUUAGGACUCCUUGCUAGAGGACCCAUUAAUCCCUUAAUUGUCUCCUCCCGCCUCCACCGGCUCCAGCUUCCCAUUGACACCAUCCAAAAAAUAUCCGAAAUCCUGCAAUCCUGUAAUGACAGCUGAUGAAAGGUCAAAAAGAACUAGAGUAAUCAAAUCAAUAAAUUAUCUUUAUUAUCAA